UGUUGCCGAUUAUUACAUUUCCCCAUGAACACGUGUAUCUGCAUUCUUGAUCUAUUUUCUCAUGACAAUUAUAAACAUGGACGAAAAUCAAAAAAUACAAUACUUGGUUGUUGAUACAAGUGCUUUCAUCAGAAAUGCAUCUUUACAGGAUAUUGGCCUCAACAUAAUAACAGAGCAAGAUGUAGUGAAUGAAGUUACAAAUAAAAGGCAACUAAGAAGACUAGUUGUCUUACCAUAUGAUUUAACAAUACAAAAUGCACAUACUGAAAACAUUAAAUUUGUUACAGAAUUUGCUAAAAAGACAGGUGAUUAUGCUAGUUUAUCAGUAACUGAUAUAAAAGUAAUUGCAUUAACCUAUCAGUUAGAAAAAGAAAAAGUGGGAACAAAUCAUUUAAGAACUGAUCCAAUCAUGGUAAAAACUGUGGAUACCAGUGUUACUUCAAUGGAAGAUCGUGUUUCAUUAGCUGGUUUUUAUAUGCCAAUGAAUAAAAUUGGCGAUAAGAAUAAAAAUAAAGAAAAAUACCAUUUGGAAGAAUUUAAAUAUAAAGAGCAUGUAGAAGAUAUUGAUAAAAAAAGUGUUGACAUAAACUUGGAAGACAGUAUAAAUAAUGUUGACAAUGAAGAAGCAGAUUCAGAAUCAUAUUUUAGCGAAUCUUCCAACAAUAUUGAAUCAGAUUAUGAAACUGCAGAAUCCGAUAUAGAUCACGAUAAAAUAGAAGAUGUGUCUACUAAAUUUGCAAAGUUAGAAUGUGAACCAACAGAAUUCAAAAUUGUAGAUCAAGACAGUAGUGAAUACAAUAUUAAGGAUAAUUUUGUUUUUGUCAAAGACGAUUUUGAAGGUGUACAAAAUAACACUGAAUAUGAUGAAUAUGAGGGUGAUGAAGAUGAAAACAAUGAUGAUGACAACAGUGAUGAUGACAACAGUGGUUGGAUUACACCUAAAAACAUUUCUGUUAUAAAAAAAGAAAUUGAUACGAAUUUUCUUGAACAAGCACCAGUAACUGUUGCAUGUUUAACAAUGGACUUUGCUAUGCAAAAUGUUUUAAAACAAAUUGGAUUAAAUGUAGCUGCACUAGAUGGGAGAGUAAUUAAACAAAUGAGAACAUUUAUCUUCAGAUGUUAUGCAUGUUUCAAAACUACUAGUAUUAUGACAAAAGCUUUUUGUCCUAGUUGUGGUAAUAAAACAUUGAAAAAAGUUGCAGUCACUUUAAAUGAGGAAGGAAAACAGCAAAUUCAUAUUAAUUUCCGAAAAUCAAUUUCCAAAAAAGGAAAAAGGUUUUCUUUACCGAUGCCAAAGGGUGGAAAACAUGCUAACAAUCCUAUUCUUUGCAAUGACCAACCAGUGCCCGACCAAAGAACAACAAAACUAGCACGAACUAAAAAUGAUCCUUUACAGGAUGAUUACAUAGCUGGAUAUUCUCCAUUUAUCAUGCGCGAUGUACAUUCUAAAUCGGCUAUAUUAGGUAUACGACCAAGAGACUCUGUUAAAUAUUGGAUGAAAAAGAAUCCAAAUGAAUCUAGACGAAGACGGAAAUAA